UUCAAAUUAUAGAUGUUAAAAAAAAGAGGAAAUAAAAGUGGCUGAGCGUGUAGACUUAUACCUGACUAAAGAAAUAAAAUUCAUGGCUGAUGAGAAAAUUAAAUAGAAAUUCCUUACGGUUGGCACGUUCCUUUUUGUGGUGCGCAUUUAUCGUCUUAUUCCAAGGUUCGUUGGCAUCAUCUAAGUUAUUGAAGUAUCCCAGAGGUACGCAGCUGGCAACGAUAGCGUUGUAUAGCAGGGUUUAAACAAGCAGAAAUACAUAUAAGGGCAUUAUACUUCUCAUAAGAGCACUUUUAUUAACUUGAUACCAGGAAAUAAUGGAUCUCCCAAGCCCUUUCGUAUUUCUUUUCAGCACUGCUGUUCCCUAGAAACAGGUUGAUGUCUCUGGUAAUGCGCGUCCAAUUCCAUCAAUUAUCCAUUCCCCUGCUAUUACAUUAAUUAUGUCCUGAUUAAAAUGGACCUUUAUCUUGUUAUCGUGCACUCUUCCUGAAUUUUGCAGAGCUGUAAUUAGAAAUAUUCCGUUAUUGUUGGUUGUUACCCAUUUUCGCAAACUAGAUUUCAUCAGACUCAAAUUCUUCUUUCCGAUAGAUCCACUAGCUUCUUAGAUGUAAUUUAUCGAUCUGUUCUAACAAUUUAAUUUAAGGCGCUGAUGCGUAUGUGCAUCGAUCCUUAUUCUUGUGUUUACCACUGCAGUAUUACCGAGGCCAGAGUCAUUUACUUGAUGACUCUGCAGGUUUACGUAAGCCGAGGCUAAAACGAAGCCACACUUAAUUCCCAGUUUCCCAGACAAAAUUUCAAAAAGCUACGACGCAGCAAACAGAAGUUGCAGCAAACAUUAUUUUUUAACCCUGCAGGGCUUUUUGCUUUAUUCAUAGUAUAAUGUUGUUUUUAAAGCAUGCUCCUUGAAUCUAAAGUGUGUGGUCCUUGUCUCUUUCUUUUGAAGGCAGAAAGGUAAAGUUAGCAUCAUUAGGCUUAUUUUAAGAGUAUAAUUUGUGUUUGUAUUAGAAAAUGCCCUUUGGGGUAAGUUGGCUGAAAUUGAUUGGGUCAAGUUGUCUGGCAAGUAGAUGUGUUCUUUGUUCAUAGUGGGUUUUGAAUUGGAUACGAAAAAAUCACAAUUUAAUUUUAAUAAUAAAUCCUUUGUGACAGCUUGUUGUCUAUACUAAUUACAUAAGUAUGGAUGGGAAGUAGACCAAGUAGCUGAAAUGGUCCAUGUCAGUGUAAUGGAGUCUGCCGACAUGUUGUAUGACAGAAGCUGAAAUCUAUAGUGAUUCAACCUUUUCUAUUGCAGACUACAAGAUUAAAUGAGUCCAUGCCAUGUGAACGUUUUCAGCCCAAAUGUUCUUCAAUAUCAUCUUUAUUGGCUGGUAUAGAGGUAUACCCUCACAAAAUCAUCUUGAAGUCAAAAUCAAGGAAAAAAGCAAAGCACAUUUUACACCAAAUAAGUGGUUCCUUCAAAUCUGGACAUCUAACCGCCAUUCUAGGGCCGUCUGGAGCAGGAAAAACUUCGCUCAUGAACAUUUUAGCAGGCUUAAAGAAAAGUGGAAUAGAAGGCCGAGUUGACGUAAAUGGAGCAAAACGGAAGUUCAAAACUUUCCGCAAGCAGUCAGCGUACGUAACACAGCAAGAUCAUCUUUUGAAAAACUUGACUGUCGAUGAGUACAUGACUGCCGCGGCCCAUUUGAAAUUAGGAAACAAAGUUUCCGACAAGGAAAAGAAAUCCACGAUUGAGCAAAUUCUGAAAACAUUAGGACUAACGAAUACUAAAAAAACAAGAGUGAAAUGCUUAUCCGGUGGUGAAUGCAAAAGAUUGUCUAUAGGACUGGAAUUAAUUGAUAAUCCUGCCAUUUUAUUUCUGGAUGAACCGACCAGUGGGUUGGACAGCUCAUCGAGUUUGCAGUGCGUGUCGCUAUUGCGUGAUAUCGCCAGAAGCGGUCGCACGGUAGUCGCCACGAUUCAUCAGCCAAAUUCACGGUUACUAGAUCUAUUUGAUCACCUUUAUAUUGUAGCAGGAGGAUCGUGCAUGUAUCAGGGACCUGUGGAUUCCUUAGUCCCUUAUCUCCAGACGAUGAAUUUGGACUGCCCUAAUCACCACAAUCCGACAGAUUUUGCGAUUGAUGUGGCUUCUGGAGAGUAUGGUGACGUUCUACCCAGACUGGUUUCUGGAAUUGAAAAUGGUCGUCGGAUUUUCCACGAAAAUUCGCCAGCGAUUUUAGCGUCGCCUGCACUCAGCCAUGACACUGGAUUUUACGAAGAGGACGAAUUCGACAUUAUGUUGGACGGCAACUCGAAGAAAAAAGAAAAAAAAGGAAAGAAUAAGGAUGGGCUAAUGUACGGCGCACCGUUUCAUUAUCAAGUUUCUAUUCUACUUGGACGAACUUGGCGAACCAUUUGGAGAGAAAAGAUUCUGACAACAAUGCGUCUCACUCUCCACGUUUGUAUUUCCUUUUUGAUGGGCAUGUUGUAUUGGCAGAUCGGGGACGACGCCGACGAUAUAUUCAACAACGCCGGCAUGAUUUUUUUUAGUCUAAUUUUUAUUUUAUACGUAGCCAUGAUGCCAACAUUUCUGACUUUUACACUCGAGAGGGAGGUACUGGUUCGGGAACAUUUAAACCAAUGGUACAGUCUCAAAGCGUACUACCUUGCCAAAACGCUGGCCGACAUUCCGUUUCAGAUAGUCUUUCCUACUUUAUAUUUAAUCCCCCUAUACUUUAUGAGUAACCAGCCGUUGUGCAUAGGAAGUUUCAGCAUGCUACUGGGCAUCUUGAUUUCUAUGGCACUAGUCGGUCAAGGCAUCGGACUGUUUUUCGGCGCCGCGUUUGACAUCCCAGUAGCCUCCUACUUUGCACCAAUCAGCUGCAUUCCGUUCUUGUUAGUAUCGGGUUUCGUACUCAAAUUUAACGCUAUUCCAACUUACUUGAGCUGGAUAACGUACCUCAGUUUCCUUCACUACGGUUUCGAGGGAUCCAUGUUAUCCUUAUACACUGUUGAUCGUCCGCCUCUCGGCUGCUAUCAAGAUUACUGCCAUUUUCGAUACCCCAUCAAGUUUUUAGAACAAUUUGAUUUGACACACAGUUCGUAUUACUUGGCUCUUGUUGGAAUGCUGGUGUCAUUCGUUGUAAUACGAGUGGGUGCCUAUUUUGCCUUGAGUUUCAAACUUAGGCAUGUGCGUUGAAGCAACUUCUUUUCUACUUUACUUUUGUCAUACUAUAUUGUUACUACAGUACAGCUCGAUAAACGGCAA